UAUAUGGGAUCUUCUGUAUUCUGAACUAUAUUCUUUUCUGCCGUGCUCCACCUCCACCGUUUCGUCGGCUUUACUCGCGACAAAUUGGUUGCUCGAAAAAUGGCUACUCGUCUACUAAAAAUUAGUAGCGCACUGCGCACGUAUACUAAUAAAACCAGCCUUGUAAAGGUACCAAAACAAUGGCAGUCAACUGCUGCUUCUCUGAAAGAAACGCUUAUCAAUCAACCAGCUACGAGAGUUACAACUUUGGAUAGUGGAAUGAGAGUUGCUAGUGAAGAUAGUGGAGCUGCAACCGCUACUGUUGGUCUUUGGAUAGAUUCUGGUAGUCGAUAUGAAACUGAUGAUAACAAUGGUGUUGCUCAUUUCAUGGAACAUAUGGCUUUUAAGGGUACUGAGAAACGAUCUCAAACUGAUUUAGAAUUGGAAAUAGAGAAUAUGGGAGCUCAUUUGAAUGCCUACACAAGUCGAGAACAAACAGUAUUUUAUGCAAAAUGCUUGUCACAAGAUGUACCAAAAGCUAUUGAAAUUCUCAGUGAUAUUAUUAAAAAUUCUAAGCUGGGUGAAAAGGAAAUCGAAAGAGAACGUGAUGUUAUUAAACGCGAAAUGCAAGAAGUUGAAACAAAUUUGCAAGAGGUUGUAUUUGAUCACUUGCACGCUGCUGCCUAUCAAGGUACAUCCUUAGGACGAACGAUACUGGGACCUACUAAAAAUAUCGAAAGUAUUUCACGAAAUGAUCUUGUUAAUUACGUGAAAACUCAUUAUGGACCACCUAGAUUUGUAUUAGCUGGUGCUGGUGGUGUAGAUCACAAUCAAUUAAUCGAACUUGCCAAUAAGCAUUUUUGUGAAAUGACAGGACCGGAUUAUGAUAAUAUUCCAGAGUAUGUUAAAUCCUGCCGCUAUACUGGCUCUGAAAUAAGAGUUCGCGAUGAUACGAUCCCUCUCGCCCAUGUCGCGAUCGCUGUUGAAGGUGCUGGAUGGGCUGAGGCAGACAACAUUCCUCUUAUGGUUGCCAAUACUCUUAUAGGAGCGUGGGAUCGUAGCCAAGGAGGGGGUGUAAAUAAUGCAAGCAGUCUAGCUAGAGCUUGCGCAGAAAAUGGCUUAUGUCAUAGUUAUCAGAGUUUUAACACAUGUUACAAGGAUACAGGACUUUGGGGUAUAUAUUUUGUUUGUGAUCCUAUGAAAUGUGAGGAUAUGACAUCACACAUUCAACACGAAUGGAUGAAAUUAUGCACAUCUGUUACUGAGAAAGAUGUAGCACGUGCAAAGAAUAUACUUAAGACCAACAUGUUCUUACAAUUGGAUGGCACUACCGCUAUUUGUGAAGAUAUUGGCCGUCAAAUAUUAUGUUAUAAUCGCCGUAUUCCACUUCACGAACUCGAGAUGAGGAUAGAUUGUGUUACUGCUGAAACUAUUCAAAAUGUUGGUAUGAAGUAUAUUUUUGAUCACUGUCCAGUGAUUGCAGCAGUUGGUCCUGUCGAAAAUCUGCCAGAUUAUAAUAAUAUUCGUGGGGCUAUGUAUUGGCUCAGAACGUAAUCAUCUUUAAGUCAUCAAUAAAUCUUAGCAAUCAUAAAUCAAUUAGAAAUAAAGUGAAAUUAUAGUACACAUAUGUUUACUACCUGAGAAAAAUACCCAUGUAAAUUAAUAUUUAUGUUGUUGAUUUCUAAUAAUAAUGUUAAUAUUAUAGCUUUCUCUCUACAUGAAAAUUGUAGUUUUAUUUUGCCAUAAGUUUAUGAAAUAAAUAUUCGUUGAUGUAUAUUACCUGGCUAAAAUAAAUGAUCAAAAAUA